CAACUGAGGCUCUUUUCUGAACUUUAAGGUAAAGGAGUCACAAACACCAGGAAGUGGCUGAAAGUUUUCAAGGGGCGUGACUUUCUGCUGAUAGUUUUUUUCUGUGUGUGUGUCAAUUCUGUGAGAGGUUCCUCUGUGAAAAUCUUCACCUGCGACCGGGGUUCGAGGAAAGAAACACCUUGAAUGUUGGUCAGUGAUGGUGCUCUCCCAGGAAACCUGAAGGUUGGAAAAUGACAGGUGACCAAAACCCUUUGGAUGUGUGGAGAGAUGCCACGACCCAGGCUCUGUGCAUUCAGUCUGACACCUCCAAGGAGGGAGGGGUUUCAAAGAUCCUUAAAGUCUGCUUCUGCAGCAACACCAGCAUCAACCUGGGCAAAAACUUCAAGUUAGUCAAAUGCAACCACACGACAGAAAUCCGGGAGAUUAUUAACACGAUACUGGACAGUGGGAGAGUGGGACCCAGUAUCAUUUUUAAGAGCUGCUAUGGACUCAGACUGAAGCAUCUGAAGUCAGAUGAAAUAUAUUGGCUACACCCUGACCUUACUGUCCAUGAGGUUCUGAUGAAAUAUGAGAGUCUACACCAUGAAGCUGAAUGGAGGUAUGAUCUGAGGAUUCGUUUCCUUCCUAAAGAUGUAAUGGAGAGUUUUAAACAAGACCGAACGACUCUGUUAUGUUACUACCAACAGGUACGCAGUGACUACAUGCAGGAAGUUGCUGCUCAAGUCGAUCAGGACAUAGCCAUGAAGUUGGGCUGCCUAGAGAUCAGGAGGUUUUAUAAGGACAUGCCCCCGAAGGCGCUGGAGAAGAAAUCCAAUUUUGAGUUGUUGGAGAAGGAGGUUGGUCUCGAUUUGUUCUUCCCGAAACAGCUGCAGGACAGUAUGAAGGCCAAGCAUCUGCGUAAGCUAAUCCAGCAGAACUUCCUGCAGUUUAGCCAGCUCAAGGAAGAUGAAUGUAUCUCCAAGUUUUUUGAAAUCCUUCGCACUGUCGCCAAUUUUGAGGAAGAGCAUUAUAAAUGUGAACUGGGUCAAGGAUGGACCAUCACGGUGGAGCUGGUCAUUGGACGUCAUGGAAUCGGCCAAGUGAUCAAUAAGGAUGGGCCCAUCACCUUGGCAGAAUUCGGCCAAAUCAAGUCGAUUAGCCUUCUCCAACCAGAGAAUGAAAAGAAGGCUUCCCUUCAGCUCGAAAUUAAAGGAGCCCCCCAGCCAUUAACAAUCACGACACCCUCACUGGUGAUGGCUGAGAGUAUGGCGGAUUUAAUCGAUGGUUAUUGUCGUCUGGAGAAUGAAACCACAUCCUCCUUUAUAUUGAGGCCCAAGAGAGCUCACGAUCUUCCGGAGUUGCCAACACAACCCAAGAGUGAAGUGAGGAUAACAGAGCAGCCACGAGCAGUGUUAUCAACCAGUAGUUUUGGCUCUGAGAUCUACGCUGAAAUUCCAGACACUCCCAAAUCUGCAGUGCCUCAGAACUCGAUAUCACGAGACAGUAUUGUACUGGGCCGGAUUCUGGGCGAAGGAUUCUUCGGCCAGGUUUUUGAAGGAGUUUACAAAACAGCACGAGGUGAACAACUCUCUGUCGCAGUGAAAACCUGCAAAACCGACUGCUCACCUGAAGUCAAGGAGAAGUUCUUGGUUGAAGGAACAAUCAUGAAACCUCUCGACCAUCCACACGUUGUCAAACUGAUCGGAAUCAUUGAGGAGGAGCCGGCCUGGCUAAUCAUGGAGCUGUACUCCUACGGGGAGUUGGAAAGCUACCUGGCUACAAAUAAGAACAACUUGGACGUGCUGACCCUGAUUGACUACUCCUUGCAGAUCUCCAAAGCUCUCGCGUACCUCGAGGGAGUGAAAGUUGUUCAUCGGGAUAUAGCGGUGAGGAAUGUUCUGGUCGCUGCUCAUGACUGUGUGAAGUUGGGAGAUUUUGGUCUCUCACGUUAUAUCGAAGAAGAUAAUUAUUACAAAGCAUCAGUGACGAGGAUGCCAAUUAAGUGGAUGGCCCCAGAAUCCAUUAACUUCCGGAGGUUUACCUCCUCGAGUGACGUGUGGAUGUUCGGUGUCUGCAUGUGGGAAAUUCUCAGCUUUGGGAAGCAGCCCUUCUUCUGGCUGGAGAACCGGGAUGUGAUCGGAAUUUUAGAGCGAGGAGACAGGCUUCCGAAACCAGAGCUGUGUCCGCCAACCCUGUACACCCUGAUGACCCGCUGCUGGACGUAUGAACCGCGGGAAAGGCCGAGGUUCUCAGAGAUAGUCUGUCAGUUAAGUGACAUUCACCAAGUGGAAGUGGAACAGCAGAGGGAGCGGAGGUAUUGGACCCAGCGCCGUGCCACUCUCAGGAUGCCCGAUGGCCAGAACACCGUGAACGAGGCCCCGCCAAAGCCAGCAAGAUCAAGGGCAGUUACUGGGAAGUCGCCUCCUUUUCCCUUUCUGAAUCCGGGGCUCCAUGUACAAGUUCCUGAGUCUCUGUGUGCCAGCUCACCACAUAUCCCCUGCUCUCCAAGUGAAGAAGCCCCUGGUGAUUCCACCAAAACCUCCCCUCAGAAGCAGUACCGGCGUCUCAGUGUCCGGGAAUCUGAUCUUAUUGGUGAGAUCAACAUUAAAGAGGAGGCUCAAAAACUGCGGGAAAUUGAACAAGCCAAACUUCAGGAGAGGAUCAGACAACAGCAACGAGAGAUGCUAGAGGAUAAAAAAUGGCUGGAGAAAGAGGAGAAGCUUCUGGCUCCAAAUGAUAACAAGUCACAAAAUGACAGUGACCAGGAGCCUUGCUACACUGAGUUCACAGUGCCACCCGAAAAACCUCCGCGGAAAAACCUCCCGCCAAUACAAGCAGCUCCCACGGCCAACCUGGACCGCUCGAAUGACACCAUCUACCCUCAGGUCAUGGAGCUGGUUAAAUCGGUGCUCCACCUGAAGAACCAGGUCUAUCAGCUCCCCUGUGAAGAGUACAUCAACCUAGUGAAGACGGUGGGAGUCAACCUUCGAAAAUUGACUGGCAGUGUAGAUGAGCUGUUGCCAUCGCUACCUGCAACAUCCCGCACAGAGAUCGAGGGGACACAGAGGCUCCUGAACAAAGACCUAGCUGAGCUGAUAAACAAGAUGAAACUGGCCCAGCAGAAUGUGGUGACCUCGCUGAGUGAGGAGUGUAAGAAGCAGAUGUUAACAGCUGCCCACACUCUGGCCGUAGACUCCAAGAACCUUCUAGAUGCUGUGGACCAGGCCAGGGUUCGGACAGGACAAGCCAAACCAGUCCCAAACUGAUGACAACUCCAUUGAUUCAGACAGCAGAUGCACCAGACAGGAACAAAGUCCACCACUAAAACAAGCAAGAAACUGAUUCAUUAAAAUCCAACACGGGACAGCAAGUUAUUGAGGCUGGGGGAGGCUGGGGCACUGAUGAGGGCAUUAAUUAAGUAAAGCUGGUAACCAUUUUCCAGGGGAGAAAGGUGCUUUUGUGGAGGGGUGGAGGGGCUACCGAUGACUUUAAUCCAAGCGAUUCCGUGUACAUAUGGGAACAGUGAUGCCCAAGUUGUUAAUAAUCACAAUAAUCUGUGGCAGAUGGUAGUUAGUGGUGGUGCUGGAGUUUUAACCAAACUCAACCCAAGAAUGCACGUCGUGUUUGAAAUGCUUAAUUUGGGAGUGACUAAAGAGAUCUGGAGAUGGUAAGAUUUGGUGAAAGUUUGUCUUCCUGUGUAGUUUAGCUCAUUGCCAAGUAUUCUUCUCUGUAAAUACUGAGAUUGAUAGCUAGCUGAUAGCACCAGGAAGCAUGACUGAAUGUUGCUGCUGUCUGCUCCUGUUGCGAUCAGAGAAUGAUCAGCAGCUUGUGCUUCUCUUGCCAAUGGUCAGGUGAUUGGUGGUUUAUGAGGAAUCCUUACACACCACAUUCUCCAGGAGAACCUGUUUCUAAGAUACAAGGAAAACAGAGGCAGCUGUGAUUGGACCCAGGCUUGUAAAUGAGUGACUCUGAAUAACUGAGAAAAUAAGUGAUGGUGAUGUGGGCUUGAGGAAGGUUAGCGAUUUUGGAAUGGAAAAUCCUGGAUCAAAGUAUGAGGCUUUCUACCCUAUGUUUCUGAGCUUCAGAUUGGAUUAUUCCAACUUGAGAAAAUGUAGAAAGUUGUGUCUUUUCACCUUGUUCACUGUGAUAUAUCCAUCUGGUGGAAGCAGGCCAUUGUGUAACUCCACUAUAAGACAUAGGAGCGGAAGUAAGGCCAUUCAGUCCAUCGAGUCCACUCCGCUGUCUGACUCUGCAGCAAUAACUGGGUAUGUUCCUCUUCUGGAACAAUGCUCAGUCUGAUUUUUACACCAUCUCCAACUGUAGCUCACAAACCAUCCAGGUGAAUGGGGAUCGACCCCCUCAUUCACCCCUCUCUCGCCCCAUUGCAGUUGUGUUGGGUGAUGCCCUCUGACCAGCCCCUCUGACAGCAGUCAGACUGUGCAUUGACAGCGUUGUCCAGCCUCUCAGCUCAGCUGUCCUCACACUGCACUUGUGUGGUUGCAGAUCCUUCAGUUUGGUCUCACAUUCCCGUCCUGUCUGGGACGUGGGAGCACAAUUGUUGGGCCUCAGGUGAGGGUGAAGACCGAGGGUAUUUUUCAAUGACAUUUCUGGGCAAGUAUGUGGUUGGGCAUGUACUCAUCAAUUUCCUGAUGAAGGGCUUAUGCCCGAAACGUCGAAUUUCCUGUUCCUUGGAUGCUGCCUAACCUGCUGUGCUUUAACCAGCAACACAUUUUCACCCAUGUACCCACCAAAGCUGCCUGUCAGUGACCUGCCCUGUGCUGCUCUUCCUAAACUGAAAGCCCUUGGGUUAGUCCAACCCCUACAAUGGCCUGUACACUGCCAAUAUCAGUCCCAAGCAGGGGAGGAGGAGAGACCAAGUAAAAUCCCAAUGCUCGACUGUUUCCCCCUCCCACCUGGGCUGGGGGAAGCGAGUAGGGCCUAGGAACAGUCCUAACUCCUGCUGUCCAAUCCAAUGUGAAAUUCCAAUCACCAUAAUUGUUUUUGUCUUCUUACCUGGAACAGAAUGUCCUUGUUGUGUCACUGCAGGAGCUGCUGAAGGGUCUGGAAUUGGAACACUGUUUCUGGGAACAUGCUGUCACACUGGCUAAUGCAGAGAAUGAAAACGUCAACUCGUCCCAGUUAAUAGCUCCCAGGAAUAGAGGGGGACUUUAUGGGGAACUGGUGCAAUUAUCAGGUUAACAUCUGAGACACAAUUAACUCAGACCAUUGCAACAUCCCAUAGGUCCCUAUUGGACAGAGUGCAGAGGGAAUUCAUGUUCCAAUAUAGUAUUGACUUUUAAUUCAUUUGUGGGACCUGGGCUUCACUGGCUGGGCCCAGCAUUUAUUGCCCGUCCCUAGUUAAUCCUUGAGAAGGUGGGGGUGAUCUACCUUCUUGAACUGCUGCAGUCCACCUGCUAAGAGUUGACCCACAAUGCCCUGAGGGAGGGAAUGCCAGGAUUCUGACCCAGUGACACUGAAGGAACGGUGAUGUAUUCCCAAGUCAGGGUGGUGAGCGGCUUGGAGGGGAACUUGCAGGGGGUGGUGUUCCCAUGUAUCUGCUUCCCUUGUCUUUCUAAAUGGAAGUGGCUGUGUGUUUGGGAGGUGCUCUCAGUCUAUGGUAUGUUUUAUCGUGAAAACCUCCCUUUCACGCAUUCUUUAACAGUUGUCUCUUUUUAUCUUAAGCACAAUAACUUGUGUUUUGAAAGUCCCGUUGUGUUGUAAAGGUAAGAGAGUGUAGGAAAGCUGAGAUUUAGCCUCCUACAGUGACCUGGGGUAACUCCUGAGGAUCACUAAAGCCUGCAUGCUGCCUGCUGUUUUUGGCAGUGUGUGCGCUUCUUGAAAUGCAGCUGCGCACUCGAUGCUUUGUGUCAGUGAGUUCCUGGAUCUCUCAAAGUGCCGGUGGAGUGCUAUGUGUCAGGGCCAAGUGGGACCCGACUGGUUUGUGGGAGUUAGAAAGAGGAGCUGACCACACCUGAGGGAGCUGCAGCAGCCUGGCUGAGGGAAGGACAGGGUGGUUACUUUGUUGGAUUCCGAAUUCCAUUAGUCCAACCAGAACCCAAGGACACAGCACUCACUAUGUACCAAUAAGCUUUGAGAUAUGAGCCCAGCUAGCUAGGAUUGGGAAUGGGAGGGGGUUGGGGCAAAAGAGGUAAGGACUGUCUGAUGCCAUCAGUCAGUAAAACGCUGAAGCUGCAUAGACCCCAAAGAAAUGACCAGUCGAGUUCUGAAGAACACAAGAUGGGGAAGCCCUUCCAGCCAGGCUUUCCAAAGAUCUGUCUGGCUUCACUCUGAUCUCGCAGUAAAGGAAUUCCAGGAACAGGAGAAUGAGCUGAGCAGUUUAUUCUGUCAGAGGAUUUCCGCACCAGAAACCAUAAACCAGCCAAAGAUGUCAGGCUCCCAGGCAGUAAUGUGUGUGUCUGCUCGACUCUCACUCAGCACCCCCGGGUUUUCCACAUGUUAUCGCUGUCACCUGAAUGAAUGUACAUGUCAGAACUGGAAGCUAAUUGAACAUUCGCCUGAUUUGAGAUGUGGCGAUGCUGUUUGGAUUCUCACUAAAAUAAAUAUGUUUUUUUUCUAAAA